AUGUCAGCAUCGAAACUAGCAUUGAAAGGUUCUUCCAAAAUAGUUUCGGAUUAUUUUGAAUUUGCCAUUAAUAGUAUCCUUUUCCAACGAGGCAUCUAUCCCGCUGAGGAUUUCGUCACAGUACGCAAGUAUGAUCUACCGAUGCUCAUCAAUAAUGACGAUGAUGUCAAACGGUAUAUCUCAAAUAUCAUGCAACAGCUCAAGAAAUGGAUCUAUGGCCGCAAAAUUACAAAGUUGAUCGUUGUAAUCUUAUCCAAAAGCACGGGCGAUAAUAUAGAGCGGUGGGAGUUUGAUAUUGAUGCCAACUUGGAGGGCGAGAGUGAAGAAAAUGGAGGGAGAGAGCAACACCAACUGCAACAAGACCAAGAACAAAAACAAAAACAAAAACAAGAACAAAACCAAGAACAAAAACAAGAAACACCACAGAAUUUGGCUAAUGGAGGAACCGGUAAAGGUAAAGAAAAGCUUAAAAAGAGUAAAGAAGAGAUCCAGAAGGAGAUCCGUGCCAUAAUCCGCCAAAUCACGUCGUCGGUGAGCUAUUUACCUGUAUUACACGAUGAUGACUAUACCUUUAAUGUCUUAGUGUAUACUGAUCCGGAAACAAGUAUACCAAUACAAUGGUGCGAUACACAUGGAGAUGGACGCAUACUAGAAGGUGAAAAUGUUGAUCAAAUCGAGUUUGCAAGUUUUAGUACCGAUAAGCAUAAAGUGAAGACAUCAGUGAGUUACAAAUAUGAGUAG